CGUUACUCAAGCAAGAUAGCACUAAGCUUCAACGGAUUCUAACAGAAAAAUGCACUUGCUUAAUAUAAUUUGCAUUGCCUUAAUGGCAAUUGUAUGCCUGCCUGGCACCCAGUCGGAUGUCUCUCAACUGGUACGUUCGGGCAAUGGUUUCGUCUAUGAUGUUCCCAAGGUCAGUGAACUCGAAUUGGAGGUAAAUAACGAGUUUCCCACUGGCGAAGAAUUUCCCCAAGAUGCUAUACCAGUGGCUCCAUCAGACGCAGAGCUUGGCAAUGCGGAGCCCGACGAGAUAAUUGCAGAUAGUGCGUCCGAAUCCAAACCCAAAUCGAGCAGCAGCAUCCAUGGCUAUAAAUAUCAAGUGCCCAGCAAACGUUUUAAAAGCUAA